AUGUCGAUUCUCGAAGCUCAGCUAUCUCCAGAUGGAACAUGCAUCUUCACAUCAGACUUCACUCGCUCUUUUUCAGUCUAUCCCAUAGACACACCCCAAUCUGACGAUAACACCGGACCGCUCAAACCUUACGCUCACUUCACAUCCCCCGAUCCCAUCUGGUCAUUCGCAGCUAGUCCCCUAUUCGACGUCAACGACGCCAGCAGCACACACGUGCUCAUCAGCCGCCGAGACCGCUAUAUCACACUACACAACGCCCUCUGGGACAUCACCCAACCCCAACCCAACAACACCCAACCUAUCAACAUCGCCCACCCCAUAACAUCCUACAAACUCAUCAACACCCUCACCGAAGCCAUCAUCGCGCCCCUCAGCCUCACCUACUCCCACUCCGGUACGCACUUUUUCGCCAGCCACCGUAACGCCAUCGCAACCUUCGACCUGGCGUCCCCUUCCUCGCCCAUCCAUACAAUCACCACUAUCCCCUCUGCCCGCAGCAAACUCAAAGGCGGUGGCCGCGGCUUCAAAGGCUGGCUAUCUAGCCUGACAUUAUCUCCACCCUCGCCGUUCGCGACCGGCGGCUUGCUAACCGCCGGAUCGCGCACACGCUGUAUCGGCAUCUACGACGCGACCAGCGGCGAGGAAAUCACGACAUUCAGUCUGCCCGGGACACUGGAUGGCAAGAAAGUCAAAUCCCGCCAUGAAGACAUGCAAAGCGUCAUGGGCGACGGAGUCUCCUACUUGAAAUACUCGCCCUGCGGCACAUAUCUAUACGUUGCCGAAAGACAAUCCGACGCCCUGCUCAUCUACGACGUGCGGCAUUUCAGCCUCGCACUGGGAUAUUGUAAAGGCAGGAACGCGCUGACGAAUCAGAAGUUGGGGUUUGAUGUGUGGAAUGCCGGGGCGAGUCCGUAUGAUAUCGAGGGCUUGAGUCAUGAGGUUUGGGCGGGCGGGGUGGAUGGGAAGGUCAGGGUGUGGCGAGAUCCGUAUCGCAAGGAAGGGGCGGUGGAGGCGGAUGAGGUGGUUGUGGUGGGAGAGGGGGAUGCGCCGGUUGUGGGGACGAUGGUGCAUGCGAGUGGGGGUUUGGCGGUCGCGGCGUGUGGGAAGAUGGAUGUUGGUGGCGAUGAAGAGAGGAAGGGGUGGAAGGGUGGAGGAGGGGCUCGACCGAAGUAUAAACAGUAUGGCAGUGUAGAUAUCUUGGGGCUGGGUUGA